ACUGCUGUGAUUUGUUUGUUCAGGAGAGGGAGGGCUUGAGGGGGAUUUGGGAGGAGGUAGGGUACAGAGCUAAAACAUAGUAGGGUUUAAUGAUCAGCUAAUCCCCCCCUCCGCUACUGAGAGGGCAGUAUAUAACACAGGGCAGUGUGCUGCUCUCACAUCAUUUAGACAGCAGGGAAGUCUAGGUUAUAGGCAGGGCAGAGCAAAGGCUGUUGAGAAAAGAACAAAGUAGGGAAAAGCAAGAGCAGUAGGGCAUAUUAGAUAAUAUUCCACAAUCUACAAGAAAGUCGUGAUGAAGCUGUUUUGCCUGUUGCUGCUGCUCGCUAGUUCCACUGCUGCUGUCCCUCUGGAGUCUUCAAGUGGAGAAAAGUACCCCACCCUGCCCUCCCAGGUCUUUGCCACAGCACCAAGCCCAACCGAGGCAAAGUCUCGCUUUGCCAUGCUCGAUGAUGUUCGUCUACUUGCAAACGGCCUCCUUCAGCUGGGCCAGAGUUUACGAGAAUUUGUCCACAAGACCAAAGCCCAGAUCAACGACAUCUUCCAAAAGUUGAACAUUUUCGACCGCUCCUUUUAUCAGCUUUCAGUGGUCACAUCUGAGAUCAAGGAGGAAGAGGAGGAGCUGAAGAAGACCACCAAUUUCUUGAAGGCCAAUAAUGAGGAGAUAAAGAAUUUGUCACUGGAAAUCAACUCUAAGAUCAACACCAUCCUGCAGGAGCGCACACAACUGCAGAGCAAGGUGGGGAGCCUCGAGGACAGGCUGAAGGGACUGUCGCAGAGCAUGGUUCCUGUUGACCAGCUUAGCGAAAUUACAGCACUCAAGGAGGUGAUUGAAACUCAAGAGAAAACAAUAACCAAUCUGCUGAAAGCUGUAGGGGAGCAGCAUGAUCAGCUUGAUAACCAAAAAAUGAAGAUUAAAAACCUGGAAGAAAAGAUAAGCUAUGACAGUUUUCAAGACACUGUCGAUAAGCCAAUGGAUUCGGACCCUGAAGUUCCUGACAUGUUUGAAUAUCUGACAGUCAACUCAAGUGGCCCGAACACAAAUGACCUCCCUGUGGACUGUAGUGAGCUGUUUGACAAAGGAGAGGCAAACAGUGGAAUCUAUGCCAUCAAGCCAAACCAAUCUGAGCCAUUCAAUGUUUACUGCGAAAUGGGUUCAGAUGGGGGAUCAACUGUCAUCCAACGCAGGGUCGAUGGCUCCGUGGAUUUUGACCAGACAUGGACCGAGUAUGAGACAGGCUUUGGAGAUCUGGAAAAGGACUUCUGGUUGGGCUUGAAGAAGAUCCACAGCGUGACACAGCAGGGAGUUUACAUCCUGCGUAUUGAUUUAGAGGACUGGAAGGAGGAGAAGCUUUGGGCAGAAUAUCACUUUUCACCAGAGGGUCCCUCCAAGGACUACGCCCUUCAUGUCAGCCAUUUCUCUGGUAACCUGCCUGAUGCCAUGACCAACAGCACCGGCAUGAGAUUCUCCACAAUGGACAGACAUAAUGCUAACCACCGAAACCCCAACUGUGCCCGCAAUUACACAGGUGGUUGGUGGUUCAAUGCCUGUGGAGAGACAAACCCUAAUGGAAGGUAUUUGUGGUUGAGGGCAAAAGGACGCUCAAUGAGAAGGAGGGGCAUUCACUGGAAGCCUGGCACAGGGCCCUCAUAUUACCUUAAAAUGACCAAGAUCACUGUACGACCAGCCCGUCUGACUGACAGCUUCAACUGAACACAAAAAGUCAUACCUUCUCUUACAAAAACUAUACUGACUUCUAAUGCUUAGCCAAAAAAGUGGAAGGAGAAAGUGAAGUAACACCGACAGUUAAAAUGUCUACUACAGCAAACUCUUCAUUCAUCUGCAACAUUAAGCUGAAUGCUUCCAAACAACUUUUUUAGGCUGGUGCUUACCAACAGACCAAAAGUGUCACAAGGCAGAAUAUGCUGACCAGUAGCAAUGAUGCAAUCAUGCCAUGUAGGUCAUUAACCUACUGAGUCUGAUCCAGCAGGGACAGUAGAAUUGCCAUUAUGCAACAUCUGCAAUCACUUGCAAAAUAGACAUAUUGAUCCAUGUCAGUAACCUUAUUCAGUGCUUGCUUCAUAAUGUCACAGUGCUGCAGCAGAAAGACAGAAAACUAUAUGAAGAAAAAACAAAGCAAUGUGAUAACUGCAACUGUUUGGUUAUCUUUCCAGUAAACUUAAAUGUAUUUUCUAUGUUAGCUAUUUAAACUUUAUAAAAUAUAUUUUAUCUUUGUGAUGUUAAUACUGUUGCAUGUUUCUAGGAGGUUAUUACAUAAUGCAUGCAAGUUAUAUAAGUCAGGGUUUCAAUAGAAACACUGAUUCUCCAACAUCUCACAAAGUGUCCAUAAUGGAGAGGAUUUUCUUUUCUAAUGUAUGUCGUGCAAUUUUUGUCCUGAUAUUUUACCCUUACUUCAGCCUUAGUUUCCUAGAAUAGAAUCUACAAAGUUGGGUCAACGUCAGCAGUAAAAUAUAGUACAAACUAUUGAAGAUUCAACGCUUUGGCAGCAUACUGUUGAGGUUGUUCCCUUUGUUUGUUCUAUCAUUUUUUUACUCUGUAAAGUAUUUAAACUAUGUUCAUACCAUUAUCUGAUUUAUGCUGGUAUUGUUAGAAAAACAACAUUUCCUCAUACUUCUUAUGUUAUUGAGUCAUAUUGACUCAUUGUACAUUAUCAGAACAUAACUAACUGUACUGUAAAUGAGCCUCAUACUAACACGUCAAGUAGCUAUGUGCUCCAACAAAUCAUAUUUAUGAAAACAAAAUAAAAAUCAUAACCAAA